UGAUCAGCGGAAAGAACCGAAGAUGUCAGCUCGGUCAUGUGAUCAGCUGUGUCCAAUCACAGCUGAUCCAGUGCCACCUGUCAGUGUCCAUCAAUGCGAUCUGCCAGUGCCCAUCAGUGCCUCAUCAAUGCCACAUAUCAGUGCCCAUCUGAGCUGCCUAUCAGUGCCAGUCAGUUCCACCUAUCAGUGCUGCCUAACAGUGCCAGUCAGUGCCACUUAACAGUGCCAGUCAGUUCCAUUCAGUGCCAGUCAGUGCCACCUAUCAGUGCCAUAUAUGAGUGCUGCCUUUCAGUGCCCAUCAGUGAUGCCUGUCAAUGCCCAUCAGUGCCACCUACCAGUGCCUCCUCAUCAGUGCCCAUCAGUGCCACCUAUCAGUGCAGCCUAUCAGUGCCCAUCACUGCAGCCUCAUUAACGCACAUCUGU